AUGGGGGAAGACCUGACCCCCCGUGAACCUUUCUACGUGGUGGUCCCAUUAUCUGGGCCGUCAAUUGAAAGUGACCGACUUCUACUUCGCCCUGUCGAAGACAAUGACGCUGCAGCAUUAUUUGCCGUUCGCGGUCGGCCUGAAGUAGCAAAGACCAAGUACAUAAAAAUACGCCAUGAUUCAUUCACGAAAUUCCAGCUAACAUUACCCAACAGCCACCCAAAAGAACCAUUCCAGUCAAUCGAACAGACCAAGAAAUGGAUGGCUUCAAAAAUCUUCACUUCACCAGCAAUGGUAAUGAAUUGUUCAUUCUUCUACGCAAUCGUGGACAAAUCGAUUACAGAUACUGAACGACAAGUCAUUGGCUACAUGAGCAUUAAUAGUGUUGACCCCAGCCCGGAGAUUGGGUAUUCAAUUCUCCCAGAGUCUUGGGGCAAAGGCUUCGCAACAGAGGCACUGCAAAUGUUGUUAAAGAUGUGGUGGGAUCUGCCGAGGAUGGAAAUUGACGAUAUGGAUCGUGCUUCUGGAUUUGUGGAGAAGAUUUAUGCUCUCUGUGAGACAUGUAACCCGGCAAGUGGCAGUGUGCUGCGAAAAUGUGGCUUUGAAGUGGUGAAAACAAUGCGUUUUGGGACUGAUGAGCUUUACUUGUGGUCUUUGAAGAAGUCUGAUUUUACGCAUGAGGAAGCAAACAAGAAAUACCGCUAUGUGAAGAAUUAG